CUUUGCCUAGAGACAAAGCAUGCCAGUCCAUAGUGAUGGCUUUUAUAAUUAAAUGCGCUGCAUUGCAAUGAUUCUUGUUCCACUGUUCCCGCUGCACAAGCCAAUCUCCUUCUUACCUCAGACGAAGUUAGUUCAAAUAGGUAAACUUCGUGGCGAAGAGGCUAUAAUUUGUAUUCACUACCAAGAAGUCCAACAGCCUCGAUGGAUUAAACUUGCUAAAGAAAGGCUUCGAAUGAUUGAAGCAAAAGAUAUUUUCACAAAAUGCAGAACGAAAGAGUUAAAUAAAAGGUGGCCGAAGUGGGAUGAGGCUACACUUGACAACUACAAGCUUCAGUUUCGUAUAAUCGAUCUUAAUGAAGAUGGACUUAUUGACUUUAAGGAACUGUGUUUUGCUUUGGAUGUGGCAGGGGACAAGUCAAGCAUAGAAGAAAGAAGGCAAUACUUAAAAGAAGUUGACACUGACGUCAUAGUAGGAGUGGACCUAGAGGAAUUUCUCAUGCUCAUUGAUAAAGUGCAAGCCAAAUCACAUAGUGGCUUUGGAAAUAUUUUUCUGGAUUCUGGAACAGGUGUAUUAGACAUUAUUAGAAUAGGACAAUUCACGGUGUCACAGCAGAUAAAACAUGGACUGUUCUAAUUUUAU